AUGUUCGUCAAAUCUUUCACCAUGUCAAAGCCAUUGUAUGAGUUCGCCCACAAUGAGCAUGUUGUCAAAGGUCCUCAUGCUCCUGACCUUCCUGUCACCAUUCAAUCGACCAAUGUGGUGUUCUCGGAUGAAAUCCCAAAGCAGAUUAUAAAGUUAGGAAUUGAAGAUUUCAUCAACUAUGUCAAGAGCUUUCUUCUUCAAUAUGCAUUCUGGUGUGUUGAAAGUCAUGGCAUUAUCAUUCCAAUUCCUAGCCUUUCCUCAAAGAUUAUUAAUGUUGCUCCAAUUCAGGUUAACUUGCCAAUUACUAUGAGGAUGCAAAAAUGGAUUGAAAAACCCUAUGUGGUUGAAUCCUACGAAUUUGAAGAUGAUGAUAAGAAUGAUAAGGAGGAUGGAAAUGAAGAAGAUGGUAACAAAGAAGGGGCUGAUGAGGAAGAAGAUACAGAUGAUGCUGCACAACAUGAAUUAACCCCUCCUUUUGUGGAAACCACUGAGCCAAUGAUCCAAGAUGUCAAAUCUCCAAUGAUAACGUCUCUGGCACGUCAAGCUAAGACUCUUCCUAUCAUGAUUGUAGCCUUUCAUCAAGAUAAUCAGGAAGAAUCCAACAUAAACUUUCAAACUACUGUGUUUUCCUAA